ACCGGAAGAUUAUCUAACCUUGACAGGGAACGAGCCUUUCACAUUUCGUUCACAGCACGAGGUCGACUCCGAUACAAAAUUAUCAAAGAAACAAUUGCAAGGAUUAUUCAAAGGGCUAAGUGUUCUGACGUAUUUUGUCCAAAUAUCAUGGGCAACCAAUCCGAUAAAAUUGGUUGCCCACUAAAAACCCAGCUAGUCAGCGUCAAUCGUUGCUGUGUGUUGUAAAUGCAGUCACUUCCUCACCUGUUCAUAGCUAUUGUCAUUUGCAAUCAGUCAUAGUUAGACUUAAAAAUCUACUUGUUCCCAUGAUGAAGACCUACCACUCCAUAUUUAGAGAGUGUAUGGUUGUACAGAGUUGGUCGAGACGCCAUGCAAAAGGAUGUGUACUUUCUUCGCCACUUUCCUCAAAAUGGAAUUGUAAAAUGGUUAUGGUGAGAUGCCAGAGCACGGAAAUCCCCAGGGAUGAUAGAACAUACUACAUCACAACCCCUAUAUUCUAUGUGAACGCCUCUCCUCACAUCGGACACUUGUACUCAGCUGUGACUGCUGACUACCUACACAGAUACAAGCUUCUACGUGGGUUCAAAACUAGAUUUGCCACAGGCACUGAUGAGCAUGGCCUCAAAAUACAACAGGCUGCUGAUGCUGCCAGUCAGGAUCCUCAGAGUUUCUGCACUGAAGUAUCACAGAGAUUCAAACAUCUGUUCCAGAGCUGUAAUAUCUCAUACACAGACUACAUCCGCACGACUGAGUUGAGGCACCGAUGUGCAGUGGAGCAUUUCUGGACAGUGCUUCAGAGUAAGGGUUUCAUUUAUAAGGGGAAUUAUGAAGGCUGGUACUCAACGCAGGACGAGAGCUUUCUUACACUAUCGCAGGUGGGGGAUGCCAAGGAUUCAUCAGGGAAGGCGGUCAAGAUAUCACUUGAGAGUGGCCAUAAGGUGGAGUGGAUGAAGGAGGACAACUACAUGUUUCGUCUAUCAGAGUUCCAGUCACAGCUGCGGGACUGGUUGGAGGGGAACCCCAGAGCAGUGCAACCAGAACGCUUCCACCGCAUCGUUCUCCAGUGGCUCCAGGAGGAUCUUCCGGAUUUUUCAGUCUCACGCCAGACAAAACGUCUCUGGUGGGGCAUUCCUGUUCCCGGGGACCCUGACCAGAUUAUCUAUGUGUGGUUAGACGCCCUUGUCAACUACCUAACAGUGGCCGGUUACCCAGACAAACACUCCCAAUGGUGGAGUUCUGUCCAUCACGUUGUGGGUAAGGACAUUCUGAAAUUCCAUGCCAUCUAUUGGCCAGCGUUCCUACUGGCUGCGAACUUGCCUCUUCCACAGACCAUACAUGUGCACUCUCAUUGGACUGUGGGGGGGAAGAAGAUGUCUAAAAGCUUGGGGAAUGUGGUGGACCCCCUGGAAAGGUCUCAGAGGUUCACCACAGAUGGUAUGAGGUACUUCCUCCUGCGCCAGGGGGUCCCGGAUACAGACUGUGACUAUGACGACGACAAAGUGGUCAAACUGCUCAAUGCUGAGCUCACGGACUCGCUGGGCGGCCUUCUAAACCGCUGCACUGCCACCUCCCUCAACCCAACUCAGGUUUACCCUUAUUUCUGCAUUAACUCCUUCCCCACUCGAUGCGCCGGAGGUCAAGAGGGGAGGGCUGCAGCUGAAGACUAUCACAUGCUAGACUCCGUAUAUGCACUCCCAGCCGUGGUGGAGCAGCACUACGAAAGCAUGCACGUGUACAAAGCUCUGGAGGCCAUUAGUGGGUGUGUGAGGCAGACCAACGGCUUUGUCCAACGCCACACGCCUUGGAAGUUGAACAGAGCGGAUAGCGAAGACCAAAAGUGGCUGGAAACUAUUCUACAUGUGUCUCUGGAGUGUCUGAGGAUUUAUGGGACCCUCCUCCAGCCGAUAGUGCCAGAGAUAGCGGAUAAGCUACUGUCCAGGCUAGGGGUGAAGCAGGACGAAAAGAGCUGGGCUGCUCUCGACUUCCUGGCCAAGUAUCAGGGAAAGCAGUGCCCCUUUGAAGGCAGAACACUGGGUCCGGACACUGGAGUACUUUUCAAUCGUCUAGAGAGGCCAAAUGCAGAGAAGGGAAGCUCCAAGAAAAAUAAGAAACCCGCUAAAUUUCAAUCAUAAACAGGAUUUUUUUGUCUGUCCAUUUACAACAAAUAUUCAUUUGAAUGUGUCACUAAUUUUCUUUCAGCCUGUUUGAACUUUAUCUGACUGCUGCUUAUGUUCAUAAUUGCAUUUUCCCCCCUUCCAGCACCCAUGUCUUAGGAAGCCAACUUUAUCAUUAUAUAGUGUUAGAAUAUUGAGGUCAUAUAGUGAUUUUUAAAAUAUAAAUAUUAUGACCAUGAGUUCAAAUGCCCAUUGUGACAACACUGACAGUGCCCAGUGGUCUUUUAUGGGGUAUUACAAAUUGGCUCAUUUCUAUUUUAAACUCUGUUCACACUUGCAGUAUAACAUUACACAAACUGUUGCAUUGGUUUUAGUUUGUGGAAUGGCCUAAUUAAACAUAACCCAACUUCAGAGGAAAACAUCAUUAUUGUUCUUAAUUUUAUGAUUGCUAGGAUCAGAAUCUACUAACCACUGUUUUGAAAAGAGAAACCACCUUUGGUAUAGAUAUUAACAGGCCUUCCCAGCCCAUAUUUCAGUCAAUGCCUGUUUUAGGAAAAAGUAUCCCUCAAAGGUGACUCACAUAAGUUAAGUUUGCAACCUGGACAUACUGCAAAAACUUAAUCUUAAUAAAUCAUUCAUGCAGUAUAUGAAACAGCAUUUUGCAUGUCACAACAGUUGAUUUUCCUAGAGUUUGCUUGUUAAUAGCGCUCCCUACUACAAAGACGACAGUGAUAUAUAAAUAAUCAGGUGAAGGUAGAGACACCCUUUGGUUUGUCAGUUCAGUAUUUUUUCUCUCCAAAAAACUAUUUUCCAUUACAUUCAAUGUAGGAAUUUUACAUUGAUGAGGCUAAGGGACUGUCUUGAAAGUGCAUUCGGCAGAAAUCAUUGUUUAGACAUUUUCUUCUUUGUGCCAACUUCAAUUUUUUUCUCCACAUUUACAAUUAAAGGUUAUUUGUUUAUACUAAUAAAAUAUAAAACAAAUAGA